CCCCAGUUGGCCUUGCCCUCACUCGUCCUCUUCUCUCCUUCCUCGAUUGCGCGCCAUUCACCAGCAUCACUCCGGACGUCUCAUCACAAAACGUCAAACGUGGGACGCCUGCGACCUGCUCAUCGCCUGUGACACACGACUAUACCGUCCCGGCUCGCUGGCCUCGCCCGGCUGCGCGGGAACAUGACCCGCAAGCAUGUCACUGAACGAGGUUCGCAAUGUCGUUCUUCUGCUAUCUAAUCCCUACACGGGCGGUCAAGUCGUACCGAGCACGAUUGUCGCCGAUGUCACAGAACUAUCUCCCGAUAUCAACGACGCGACGUCUCUUGCUGGCAACAUUACUACUCUCUCCAUGACCAGCACGCCAGCACAAGACGGUGCAGUGAUUCAAGGACUAUUAUACGUUCCGGACCUGGAUGCCAACGACCCGUGUCAACAGCUUAUACCAGAUUAUGUCCCGUCGAAUGUCACUCGGCGGAAUGAUCUCCCACCUAUGAACUACAACCUGAUUGCCCUCGUUCCUUGGAUCAGUCCCAGCUGCACGGAAUCGUACCUGACCGUGGUUCGUCGGAACCCUAUCAGAGCUAUGCUUGUUUACCUGCCAUCAAAUAACGUCUCGCAACCUCCUCCGGCGUCCGACAGCAUAUGGGCUCUUCCAAGCGGCGAUGGAUGGAAGACACAGAAUCGACACCCAGUCUAUGCCGUCCCUGGUGCGUGGGGUUCGGCGAUGAUGACGCAGCUCAGCCUUUACUCGGGAAAUCUCACCGAGAUCCCAUACGGAGACAACAUCACGGCGGCGCUGAAUCCCAAUCCCGAAGAUUACGUUCGAGUCUGGACGCAGCUCACUGUUGGACGGCCAGAAGACAGUCUUGAUCUUUGGGUUUUCAUGCUCAUCGUCAUCGGUCUGGUGACUUUCAUCAUCGGAUGUACCACGAUUGGUAUGCGCUGGGUGCGGCGCUGUCGGCGCGAGUCACUGCGGCAGCGCGUGCUCGGGGGCGACGUCAACCUCGAAGCACAGGGGAUCAUGCGACUGCGAGUUCCCCUCGACCACGUCCAAAGUUUCCCACUGUAUCUGUACGACUUUGAGAAUACCGGACUAUCAAAGACUCUAAGCAAAAUCGCCUCAAGAUCGGAGCGCCCCUCAUACAAAGACUACGAGUCGCUCCUCGGUUAUCAGCCCUGCUGCCAGAUCUGUAUCGAGAACUUCGUCUCAAAAAAGACAGUCAUCCGGGAAUUGUCUUGUGGGCACAUCUUUCAUCCAGAGUGCAUCGAUGAUUACCUCAGCGAGAUCAGUUCGCUGUGUCCGGUGUGCAAAUGUUCCAUGCUACCACAAGGCUUCUGCCCGAAGAUUACAGACAAUAUGGUCCGCCGGGAGUUUGCAUCACGCAAAGCGCAUGCCCUAGUCAUACCCGAUCCGAAGCUUUCGUCGUCGGUUUCGAGGGGUGCGCGCUCGCGGUCGAGGAUGAACUCAUUGUUCAGUAGCCCGACAAUUCUGUCAGACCCUAUUUCUCAAGCCUCAACGGCUGUUGGCAAGCCGCCUGGCUACUGAAGACACGACAACUCUCCGGGAUGCUCUUAACACGAAGACAAGUUCCCACAUCCUUCACCUCCACCGAAUGAUCUACUCAAGAUGCCGACACAACCUGCCACGGAAGUUCGGUUACGCUCCACACAUUCAAACAAAACAUAUCUCAUUCAU